AAGUGUUGUACUCCAAUAUCGAUCAGCACACGUGACGUCACGAACAUCAUAUUGACUAUUUUCAACGCUUGUGCAGAGCGCUUCGGACCACGUCCUUUAACUUCCAUUCUCCAAAAGGAGUUUACAUGGAAAGAGUUCCAAGAUAACACAAAUUCUAUGAGUUAUUACGAUAUCGUCAAUAAAGUGGUGCCAGACGAUACUUUAAAAGCAACUUCCAUGAAUCUUUCUGACUGAUCAUUUUUCCUAAUGAGUUUGGUAACCAAUUUUUACAAAGUCGUUUGCUUUAUGACUUGAAAUAAAAUGGAUGAGAGUGUGAAGUGAAAGUUUUGAUUUAUAUAUUUUUUUCCCUUUUUUCUUCUUCAAAACUCUGUGAUCGUCCCGAAGAAAAUACGAUUGUUAUUCGUUAAAUAAGUUUUAGUUGCGCAGAAUUUCUCAAGGGACGAUUAUUAUUGAAUAUGGCUGACGAAUACAGGUCUAGACUCCCUGCUCCGUCCUCUACAAAGAAAGAUGUCAAUCUUUUCAGUAUUCUCAAAAAUAGCAUCGGAAAAGAACUCUCCAGUAUUACAAUGCCUGUCGAGUUCAAUGAGCCUUUGAGUUUUCUACAACGAAUCUCGGAAUACAUGGAAUAUUCCUACCUAUUGAACAAAGCAUCUGAAUGCGCCGAUCCACUACAGCGACUGCAAUACCUAAGUGCUUUCGCUGUAUCAGCUCUCGCUUCCAAUUGGGAAAGACUCAACAAGCCUUUUAACCCACUACUUGGAGAAACUUAUGAAAUGAUAAGAGAUGAUUUUCGCUUGGUGUGCGAACAAGUGUGUCAUCACCCUCCAGUGAGUGCUUUCCAUGCUGAAUCAGAGGACUUCCAAUUCUACGGCAAUAUUCAUCCGAAACUGAAAUUUUGGGGAAAAUCUCUCGAAAUCAAGCCUGAAGGAACCCUUACUGUAUACCUGAAAAAGCAUAACGAAGUGUAUACAUGGACAAAUGUCCACUGCUGUGUUCACAAUAUUAUAAUUGGAAAACUAUGGUUUGAGCAGUAUGGAAUGAUGGAAAUUCAAUGUCAUACAACUGGUUUAACUGCUCAGCUGAAUUUCAAGCCGGCAGGAUGGUUUGGACGGGAUUUAAACCAAAUCGAAGGUUUCAUAACAGAUUCCCAAAAAAAGAAAUUGUGCUUUCUUUAUGGAAAAUGGACAAAAUAUCUGAAAAUGACAUCUCUUGAGGAACACGAGGAAUACUUAAAGACACAUUCAGAUAAACACAAACAUAACACAGAUGGAGGUAAUGCAGAAGAUUCAAACCACGAUACUCCAUCCAAGAAAAUAUCCUCAAAACUGAACAUCCUAACAAGAUCGUUUACAGGGGGUGGUUCUAGAUCACCGGAGCCUCCAGUUUCUCCUCAUGUAAGAGUCUUAACUUGUAAAGAACUCGAAAUGUGUGUUAUGCAAGGAGUUAAACUACCAAUGGUCUAAGGUACAACAUAGUGUUGUACGAUUUUCCUUACUUAAAGUGAAAGGGCUCGUUCACAAUAUAUAUAUACAUAUGUAGGAGUUUAUGGAGCAUAAGAGGAAAUAACGACAAUAAUUUAACAAUCAAACGUUGUUCUAUGAUAUAAAGUUAAGAGUUAAUUAUAAAUUCGGGAGUUUUCCCGUCUGGAUUCGCUGGCGCCUUUCAACGACGAAGAGGAUGAUGAAAUUCC